GGAGCAAAGGCACAGCAGAAGCGCGAACGUAACGCCGAAAAGAGUGGUGGCAAGGGGUCGAAGAGCCAGAGCAAGGUUAACGAGGCGGCAAAGAAUAUCGUGUGCUCUGUCUGCAAGCAACCUUUCCUGACUACCACUCGUGCACCUGCUCUGGAAGAACACGCACAGAAUAAACACUCGAAAACGAUGGCCGACUGCUUCCCUGGUUCGGCGAAAUGA